UUGAUAAGUUCCUAACUUAAUUUGCGUCGUUAGUUGUGACAUGUGUGUAUUAUAAUAAAACUUACUUUUAGCUAAACACCGAACAAAGUGCUCGAAUUGAGCUUUUUUGAUCGCAUAUAAUGCGUCUAGGGUCAAAAUCGGCAGCGCCCUGGGUGUCACAUGUUUUACUUAAGUAUGUAAAUAACACAAUUUCUCUUAAUAUGGUUAUUAAAUGUACUGUAUUUAUUACUCUCCUUUUUGAAGAAGAGUGGGUAAACUGCUAUGCACCUGUCGGUCUAAUGGUCGCCCAAUGUGUCCAUAUACCACGUAGUUUCUGCCACGGUCCGAAUCCUAAUAAUGGGUGUUCAGAAGAUGAUGAUUAUGAGACAUAUAUUUAUGUCAAUCUAAUACGCCGUAUAAAGCACAAUAGGAUAACAUAACUACACGUGGACCAAAACAUAUACAAACAUAUAUUUACACAACAUGCAUUCAUAAGAGGCAAAAAGAAGUUUAAAAAAAACAUAAUCUUUUUUAGCAUUAUAAAUAAGUAGUAAUUAUAAGUAUCAUCGAUAUUAAGACAGUGACUACAUUACCAUAAGAUAUUCGCUUUGUUCUGUUUUAAUAUUAAAUCUAUUGAAAGAGAUAUAUGAUCGGCCCAUAGAUACUGUAGACGUGGUUAAUACAGUGGUAAUAUACGGCUUUGAAAAUUUAACAGAAACAAAAUAUAUGUUCUGCUGUCUAAGUUUUCGAGCUGAACACGUAAUAUGGUCGAAACGGGUAAUUUCGUAAUGUUUAUCAAGGGUUCCCCUCGACAAAAAGCUGCGCAUAGCUCUGCAUAAUAUCCCUAUAUAUAAUGGUGACUUAUUUGGGAAAUCCCUGUUUUCUUCGGACUUUAUGGUUGAUGUCAUAUUGCUUACUUAAUUGGAAAGUAGUACAAGAAUGUCAGAAAAGUGGUAUUCUUUGACUAUCACCGUACAACUUGAACUCAGGUAAAUGAUUUUACGUCACAUUCGUUCUCUAAAUAAUAACAAUAUGUAACAUGUUUGCAUAAGCAUUCAUAAUCUUAAAUGUAAACGCGUUAUGCCCUUAUUACUUUAAUUAAGUUAUGGCUGUUCAAAGCGAUGCACCCCGUUUUCGGGCGAUUUUGUGUUGGAUACCUUGUUAUAUAUAUAUGAGAGUGAAAUUAUUUUUUCAGAAAAGUUGAUUUGUCGUUAUAAUAUGAUUAUUUAUCAUUACAAAUGAUGUUUUCACAAAUAAAUAUCAAAGCCACACGCUAACCACCUGUGACAUAGCCUUUAACGGAAGUAGCAAAUCAUCACUGAACUGUGUGAAAAAGAACCGUUAGAACAUAAAGUUUGCACCAAUUUUCAACAACACUACAUUUGAACAGGAACUUCAUGAUGGCAGAUGAUUGGUUUUUUCAACAUGAUGAAAGCCGGGAUCGUGGAAGACCAACUGCUAAGACCUGUUUUAGAUGUGGUAAAGAGGGACAUAUUGCAAGACACUGUCCAACCUGCAAAGACACAAGGAGGUGUUACAACUGCAGCGAAGAAGGUCAUAUAUCGCGGGAUUGUACCAACAAGCGUCGUACAAAGCAAGACUGUUACAGCAGGAAGAACGACUCACCUGGGAUAGAAUGUUAUAGCUGCUACGAACGGGGCCACAUCAGCAGAAAUUGUCCACAGAAGCGAAAAUGUGACAAAAAGGAGGACAGAGAAAGCUCUAGAAAGAAGACCGACUCAUCUGGGAUAGAAUGUUAUAACUGCUACGAACUAGGCCACAUCAGCAGAAAUUGUCCACAGAAGCGAAACUGUGACAAAAAGGAGGACAGAGAAAGCUCUAGAAAGAAGACCGCUUCGCCUGAGGUAGAAUGUUAUAAUUGCUACGAACGGAGCCACGUCAGCAGAAAUCGUCCGCAGACGCAAACAUGUGACAAAAAGGAGGACAUUGAAAGCUCUAUAAAGAGAAAUGCAGAGGAACUAAAGGAAAGGGGCAAUAAAUAUUAUCAAGAAAAAAAUUAUGGAGAGGCAAUUAAAUGUUACGCAGCCGCAAUAAAAUUGUCUCCGAAUUGUUCCAAAUAUUACGGAAAUCGGUCUGCCUGCUACAUGAAAAUGAACAACUACACCGAGGCGCUGGGAGAUGCAAAGGAAUCAGUCCGAAUAGAUCCGAAGUUUAUCAAAGGAUAUUUACGAAUAGCCAAGUGCCACAUGCAGUUAGGAGACCCCACUGCAGCCAUAAUCGCGUACAGGAAAGUAUUACAACUAGAACCGUAUAACGACGAGGCUGAAGAUGGGCUUCAGAUGGCGACACGACAAAAUGUAACCAACACCGUGUUAGCCAUGAAAGAAGAAGGAAAUCGAUCAUUCCAAGCUAGAAAUUAUAAGAAGGCAUACACCAUUUACACGGAGGCGCUCACAAUUGACGUAGACGACAAGAUUAUCAAAUCGCAGCUGUUCAUGAACAGAGGCACUGCUUGCAAGAUGAUUGGGAAGGAAAACGAAGCCAUAGCCGAUUUUACAAAGGCUAUUAAGCUAGACGAUUCGUAUUUGAAAGCUUACUUUCGCCGAGCAAAUUGUUACAUGGAGAUGAAAAAAUACCAAGAAGCAGUUAAUGAUUAUGAAAAGGUCUGCCAAAUGGACUGCACGUCAGAAAACAAACGCUUGCUCGAAGAAGCACAAUCAGCGUUGAAGAAAAGCAGAAAUAAAGACAGUGGUAAAGAGAGCAGUAAAGACAAUAGUAAAGACUAUUACAAGAUUUUGAACGUGUCCAGAUGCGCGACCGAUGAUGAAAUCAAGAAGGCAUACAAAAAGAAGGCAUUAUCUCACCAUCCAGAUCGCCAUUCGCAUGUAACAGUCGAUGUGAGAAAAAAUGAAGAAAUUAAGUUCAAAGAGGUGGGAGAGGCAUUUGCAGUGCUUUCUUGUCCCACGAAGCGCAUGCAGUACAACCUUCAAUAUGACCUUGAACACUCAAGGGACUUCAGGGAAAAUAAUGCUCGUGAUCGAUACGAUCCGGUUUUUGACUUUGUAUUCGGCGGCAGAAGACAGAGUCAGCAUUUUCCGUUUGGUGGAGGUGGUAGCACAUAUACCGGAGGAUUCCCGACUUGGGAAACACAAGUUUAAAAUGUAUUAUGAAAAAAGUGAACACAAAAUAUAACUUGCCCACAAAUUCGAACGAUCACAUCUAAUGUAAAAGAAUUACGUCCAGUCAAUAAUAUUUGUUUAUGUUUUCUGCGUUUAACAAGUUUAAAUUUUGAAAAAAGGACUUGUGCACAGAAGGCACCGAUAUUUCCGCUUUCUAUCUACAUAUUGUGUGUUAUCCUUGAUACUAUACUUUCUGAGAACAUUCAACGACACUACGCGCUUUGUGUUCAAAUGUGAGUUUUUUGUUUAUAAAACGUCGAUCCAUGUGACUGAUUACAUAAAUAUAAUAAAAUCGCUUUAAAAUGACAAUAUUAAGAUAAUUAAACAGUAUAAAAUUUAAUUGUCUUAAUGUCUUAAGGUAAUCCCUCUUAAGUCGAUGUAUGUAACAUUUGCGAAAUACCACACCCAUACAAUAAUGAUCCAUGUCUUAUAUUGAGCAUUUCAUUCAGUAUAAUUUAUGAGCCAUAUAAUUUACGUGUGGAAAAUACGACAGUCAACUGUAACGGGACCAGAAAGGAUUACAAUUGCUAUAACAUUGUUUAUAAUAACAGAACAAUUCUGAAUACCAAUAGGUACAAGAACAUUGGUUUUGGUAAUUUUAUGUUGAUGAUUUUCGCCAAAAGCGUGACGUGCUAAAUUUAUUACAUUUAUAUUAUAUUACAAAAUAUUACACGCCAUUAUAACACUCCCGCGACAUCAUCAAUGAUGUAAAAACAUUAUUUGAAACUGGAAUAAACAAUGUAGUGCAACUGUUUCAUUGGCCAAUCAUUGAUGUCAUAAAAGAUGUCAGGUGAUACGGUCCUAUCUCCAGCUGCAUAAUCUGCUCUGCAAUGACCAGUCAUUUUGAAUGUAACUUAAGUCAUUAUAACUGCACCCUAUUGUCAAUUUAAAGGUUUCAAAAUGUAGCUGUACCAGAGCAUUGACACUGCUUUAUAUACGAGUAUUAAUCUUGAACAACAAGUUGGUGUAUUACUAAAUAAAUUUGGUAUUCUACUUAAGGAUAUAACAUGCACAAUAUAUUACCAUUUUAUAUCCAUACACAGAAGACAUCUAACCACUUAUUUGAUGGUACACCAAAAUGAGCAGCAUCUAAUUAUACUUCUUUAACAGGGUAGCUUUGCUUGAAGCUUAAUUAUCAUAGAUACACUAUAAGUGUGUAAAUGCCUAGUGGGAAAACAAAGUUUUACCCUUCAUGGAUGGAGAAGAUGGACAACAGAGGAAAAACACUUGGAUCGUGGUGCAAGAGAGAUACCGGCAAUGAGUUUGCAGGAUAUUGUACUGUCUGCAUGAAGUCCAUCUCUUGUAGUAAUUCUGGUGCUAAUCAACUGAUAAGUCAUGCAGAUGGACAAAAACACAAGGAAACAAUCAUGAAAUACAUGCAUGAUAACUCACAAAAGUGUUUGUUGGAAGUGCUCCAAAGCCAAGCAGCUCUCAGGGUGGUGUGGAUAAAUUAUCUGUAUGCAAGUACAUCCAUCACACAAGGAACAGGAACAAAAGGCUGAAAUCCUAUGGGCCCUUAAGGUAGCUUCAAGUGGGUAUCCAUACAGAACAUGUGAUGGCACUCCUGCUCUGUUUAAAGCUAUGUUUUAUGGACCUGUGUCUAAAGAUUGUGUAUUCCUACUUUUGAGGUAAAAGUUCCUACUUUUUUUCUUUUUUUUUUCCUACUUUUUUGCAAAAGUAGUUGUUUUUUUCUACUUUUUGAAAAAAGGUCAUUUGACAGCCUGAUAUAUAUAUUGUAGAUUAUCUGUACGGUGAUGUAAAUGAACAGUCCAUUUGCCAUCGAAAUCAUACAACUGAUUAAAAUUAUCUUUUUCGAUGCUGAUGUUGUCAUACUCUUAAUUGCUGUAAAUUAAUACAUACCGGGUUACUUAUUGCUGUAAGUAAUACAUAUCUUCUGCGAUUGUUUUGAAAUCGAGUUUUGGUUUAAAUACUGACGAGCAUUUUUAUAUUUGGUGACUUUCGAAGUUGAUAUGAUUGUAAUAUACAUGUUUACUUUAACCCGAUAAAACUAAAUAGCAAAAAUACAAAUUUGUAUAUAAUUGUAUAAAGUUAAUUUUACAUCACUAUUUUCGUGCCGACGUUUAUGCACAUGGUGUUGAAGGGAACCCGAUUAUGUAAUUCGCUACCAAAUUGCAAAGCAGAUAUCUAUAGGCUUAUCGGUUUGAGUAACAAGCACAUUCGCGUGUUUUUGUACAUAUUGAAUCUCUUUGGUAAUGCUUCUGUCCGAUAAGCAUUUGCAUCAAGACGAAAGUAGCUAUAGCGGGUACUUUUAUUUCAUUACAAUUUCACUUGUAUGUACGUCCAUGUUUCAAAUAUCUUAAGUUAUACAUUACCAGGGAGGUGCUGAUGCGUUUAUUUUGUAAUAGCUGUGUUAGAAUACUUGCUUAAUUAUUGUUUGAUUGCAAAUCAAAUUGUUAUAAAUAUUAUCUGCGUGCGUUUUUUAAUAAAAAUAAAUGAUUA